UUGCAUAUAGCCGCCGCUACAUCAGAUGUGGCUCUUUUGACAUUGCUACUGGACCAUUGCAAGACUUCUGACCAGAAUGCGCUAGAGAAGAUAUCCCCGGAAGGUUUUUCUCCAUUAGGAGUUUCAAUAGUUCACAGACGCAAAGACCUAUACGAUGUGCUCAUGGAAGCCGGGGCGAAACAUUACAACGUUUGGCCCGAAAUGCGGGGCGAUGCUAUACACUGCUGUACGUUGUAUCCAAGCGCAGAAUCGUUGGUGAUUGCAAAAGAAAUAUUGAAAAAGCAUCCAAGAGCGAUCAAGGUCAGAGAUAAAACUGGGAGAACACCAUUACACUGUGCAGCGCUUCGAGACUACGACGAGAUGAUCAAGAUUUUGAUCGAUGCUGGCGCCGACUUAUCAGCUCGUGAUAUGGACGGCUACACACCGUUGGGCGCAGCAGUU